CAUGCCCUUAUCGGUAUGGUUCCUCCGGAGCCUCGGGAACCAGAAGCAGAAGAUAAGAAGAAGGAAAGAGUCGCAGCGGGCGCUACUUUCACGUGGAUAUCAUCGAACUUCAGUACUUGCCCUGAGGAUGCUAAUGAGGACAUGGUGAAGACAUAUGCUCGUGUCUACAUGUGGUACGUGAUAUCCAGGACUAUGUUUGCUGAUGGCACAGGCAAGAAUGCUCCAUGGAUGUGGCUGAAGGCGUUGACCGUCUUUGAUAGCAAAUGGAGUUGGGGUUCGGCGACACUGGCUUACUUGUAUCGACAGUUGGACGAAGCCUGUUGUAGGCACACUGGAGGUAUUGAUGGUUGUCUGCUCGCACUUUCCAUAUGGAGCUGGGAGCGUUUGCCGGUUGGACGACCGAAGACCGUGAAGUACGAGGAUUGGGACGACAAAGACGACCCACUACGGCUCCCCACUUGGGCUUACAAGUGAGAUGUGUUAAAUGAGACGACAAAUGAUCCCUCGGUAAUGUACAA